ACUUUGACCUUCAGAACCUCUGGGAACCUUGAUGAUGUUCUUCAAAUUAUGGACAUGAAUGUUAUAAGAAUAAAUACGUCUUGAUGACAAACAACGGUGUUGUUGGAUUAGAAGAGAAUAAAAUAUGUUAAGAACUUGUAUAAUAUUUUAAAUACGUCUAUUAAAUACUAGCCCUAAUGAGUGUCAGUACUUCAAAACUAUAGCGAAAUUGCCAUCGGAUUCGUGCAUAGAAAAUAAGGAAAAUAGUGAGGAGCAAAUUAUGUGAUGGAAUAAAAGUAAUUCGGUAUUCCUGUUCUCGGAUUAUUCUUUUGGGAUAUUUGGGAGUAACUGCCACUUUACCUUAGGAUAUACAUAUCUCUGAGGAAUUUAAAAUUUCGUUGAAGAAAUAUUGUGCAAGCAAGAAACCAAAAAGACUGAUCUCCGUCUUCUAUCUGCCAAAGAGACGAAUAAAUCGAAAAAAUAAAAACGUAUAAGGAGCACCUAAACACGACGUCCAAGACAAAAUACCUGCAUGCUAUAAAAACUUUAACACUGUGUUCCUGCGGGUUUUAGUCGUUCUCAGAACUCGUAAAUCUUCAGACAGACCCCGAAGUGAAAUUAUACACGGCGAAAGAAAAAACAAACAGAUUUAUCGGCUGAAAAAAUACCUCAUUUAAAAAUACGUGAGCUUAAAAUAUUCGGUGAGAUUUCAGUGGAAGACAACCUAAAAGUCAGUGGGGUUUAAGUCAUUUUGCGAACGCCGAUAGAUUUUCGGUGACUAUAGAAUAAAAAAGGAAACAUGGAUUUUACAAAGGAAAAUGUCAAUCCGAACCCAAGGGACAAGUCCACCCCUUUUGGAAUAUUAUUUUUUACGUAUACUUUUGGCAUGUUUAAAAAGGGCUACUCCAAAACCUUACAAGUAGACGACCUCUAUAAUCCAAUCAAGAGCGACAGGAGUAUGCUUUUAGGAGACCGUUUGGAAAGAGCAUGGAAUAAACUAUAUGAAAAAGACAAAAAUACAAAGAAAAAGGCGAGUCUUUUGGUGGCCCUAAUUGUCGCCUUUUGGCCGGAGUAUACUAGUUUGGGAAUUAAUAUUGUCCUUAUGUCGAUUUUUCAACUCGUACAGCCUCUUGUAUUAGGACAGUUAUUGGACUUUUUUCGUGUAGGAUCUCAUCUGACAAGAACAGACGCUUUAUGGUACGCCGGAGCUAUGUCACUAUGCACCUUUUUACUCGCUCUUUUGAACAAUCAGUACAUCAUGAACGCUUUUCACUACGGUAUGAGAGUCAGAGCUGCUUCUUGUGCUCUAAUUUAUAGAAAGGCCUUACGUCUAAGCAAGACAGCACUUGGAGAAACGGCCUCAGGGAAAAUAGUGAAUCUACUCUCAAACGACGUCAGUAGAUUUGAUUUAGUAACAAUUUUUAUUCAUCACAUGUGGGUAUCUCCGUUAACGACCAUCAUAAUUUUGUAUUUUAUGUGGGUCGAUGCUGGAUGGGCGGGGAUACUUGGAAUAGUAACGGUUUUUGUGGUGGUUCCCAUUCAAGGUUAUACUGGUAAACUGUCUGCAAUUUACCGAAAAGCCACCGCUCUAAAAACAGACGAAAGGGUGCGACUUAUGGACGAAAUAUUAUCGGGCAUUCAAGUAAUUAAAAUGUAUGCGUGGGAAAAACCAUUUGCCAAGUUGAUAAAGUAUGCUAGAAAAGUCGAAUUAAAGGUUAUUACUAAAUCUUCGUACGUAAGAGGACUCUAUAUGACCUUCAAUAUUUUUACCACCAGACUGGCCUUAUUUACCACUUUACUGGUUGUGGCAUUGUCAAAUGAACCCAUUACUGCUUCAAAGGUUUUUGUAAUAAUGUCUUACCUAAACAUCAUUUCUCAAACGAUGUCUCAAAUGUUCGUGAGAGGGAUCUCAGAAAUCGCCGAACUAUUCGUAGCCAUUAAACGUCUGGAAGAAUUCAUGCUCAACGACGAAUUUUCCUCUUUGGCACUACCCCAGAAUAACAACGAGUACACAACCCAUGCCCAUUUACUGAACCUUCAUGACUUAACAGUAAAAUGGAACGCUAGACUAUCAGAUAACGCGUUGGAGAACAUCAAUAUUGUAGUGGACAGAGGGCAGUUGGUUGGUGUUAUCGGACCUGUAGGAAGCGGAAAAAGUUCUUUGCUGCAGACGAUAUUAGGUGAACUGGAACUUGAUUCUGGAAAAUUAGAUGUCAACGGUACGGUUUCCUAUGCCUCUCAAGAAGCGUGGGUUUUCGCAGCAACCGUUCGCCAAAAUAUCCUCUUCGGUUCCGAAUAUGAUAAAAAGAAAUACAACGAUGUUGUAAAGGCAUGUGCUCUGGAGAGGGAUUUCCAGCAGUUCCCUCAGGGAGAUUUGAGCAUCGUCGGAGAUAGAGGUGCCUCAUUAUCUGGAGGCCAAAAAGCUCGAAUCAAUUUAGCCAGAGCGAUAUACCGGGACGCGGAUAUUUACUUGUUGGACGAUCCUUUAUCCGCUGUGGACAUACACGUUUCUAAACAUCUUUACGAUCAAUGCAUUAACGGGUACCUUUAUAAUAAAACUAGGAUCCUGGUGACUCAUCAAGUGCACCAUCUAAAAGAUGCUGAUCAUAUUAUAAUUUUAAAUAAUGGUCGCAUUGAAAACGAGGGCAACUUUAAGCAAUUAUCCGAGAGUGAUAAUUUAUAUGCUAAGCUAUUAACUGCUGAGCCGGAAUUAACGGAGGAGCCGAAACUGGAACUUAGUAAGAAAGAUAGGAAAAUGUCAGUUAAAAGUAUUAAGUCUCUUGCUAGCGCUAUGAGCGAGUUAAGCAUACCAGAAGCUAUGCUAGCUGAACAAGAUGAUGACUCAGAGGAGGAACGUGAGCAGGAAAUUAAACUAAAAGACCUGCAAGAAGAAUCGUCAAAGGGAAAAGUGAAAGGCAAUUUAUUUUUAAAAUACUUCUUUGCUGGAGGAAAUUGCUGUUUUGUAUUACUGGUGAGCCUUCUUUAUAUACUAGCCCAAGUUUUGGCCAUGGGAGUCGAUUAUUACGUUACAUUCUGGGUUAAAAUCGAGGAGUACAAGUUGACGGUCAACUCAAUUAACGGAGACAAUUGGAAUAUUACUUCAACUAAUAGCAGCCAACCCGAAUUAAUACCUCCUCCACCUUUCUACUUCAACGUCAACGACUGGGAAAGAAACACGUUUAUUUACAUAUAUGGCACCCUAGUUAUCAGUUUGUUCUUGGUAGCUUUAACUAGAUCGAUGCUGUUUUACAAACUAGCCAUGCUCAGCUCUCAGAAAUUGCACGACAGCAUUUUCUAUAGCGUUAUCAGAGCCUCGAUGAGAUUUUUCGAUACUAAUCCAGGUGGCAGAAUUCUCAAUAGGUUUUCUAAGGACAUCGGCUCAGUCGACGAGUUGCUGCCAAAAGCUAUUUUGGAUGCAGCACAGCUUAUCCUAAUGUCAGUUGGAUCAAUUAUUUUAAUAACAAUUGUCAACCCAGUGUUCCUCGGGGUGGUCGCCGUUAUCGGAAGCAUAUCGAUGGCAUUUAGGCAUGUGUACCUAAAAACUUCUAAAAAUAUUAAACGGCUUGAAGGCGUUAUGAGAAGUCCAGUUUUCACUCAUCUGAACGCCACCAUUAACGGUUUGACAACGAUAAGAGCGUUUGGCGCUCAGACAAUUUUAAAAUCUGAGUUCGAUAAGCACCAGGACUGUCAUACUAGUGCGUGGUUCAUGUUUAUCGCUGCCAGUUCUUCGUUUGGAGUUUAUAUGGAUUUGUUGUGCGUCGUUUUUACUACUGCGAUAACGUUCAGCUUCUUGACUUUCGGAAGUGGUCUGCCGGCAGGUGAUGUCGGUCUUGCCAUAACUCAAGCCAUCUCACUUUCCAUGAUGGUGCAAUGGGGUCUCCGUCAAUCCGCCGAAGUAGCAAACCAACUGAUGUCCGUCGAAAGAGUCUUGGAGUAUAAAGAACUUCCUCCGGAAAAGGAACCUCUGCAGCCAAAGAAGCCGCCUCAAAACUGGCCUCAGAAAGGCGCGAUUACGUUCGACAACAUGGGAUUAAGAUACCACGAAAAUGGCUCCUUGGUUUUAAGGAAUUUAAAUUUGAAAAUCGACCCCAAUGAGAAGGUGGGUAUUGUUGGUAGAACGGGCGCGGGAAAAUCUUCAUUAAUUGCCGCACUGUUUCGCUUGGCUGAUGUCGAAGGCCGAAUAAUGAUUGACGACUUGGAUACAAAAGAUUUACAACUUGAGCAACUUCGAUCCAAGAUCUCCAUUAUACCUCAGGAUCCUGUUUUGUUCUCUGGAACCCUUCGGUACAACCUGGACCCCUUUGAGGAAUAUAGCGACGACGUUUUAUAUAAAGCGAUUGAAGAAGUGGAGCUUAAGGACCCUGCGAAUAUUAUUAACAGGUUGGAGAGCCGAGUUAUGGACAGGGGAGCUAAUUACAGCGUAGGCCAAAGGCAGUUGAUUUGCCUUGCAAGAGCUAUUGUUAGGAGGAAUAAGAUACUUAUGUUAGAUGAGGCGACUGCUAAUGUAGAUCCACAAACUGAUGCUCUUAUUCAAAAAACUAUUCGAAAGAAGUUCGCUGACUGCACGGUACUUACUGUGGCCCAUCGUCUUAAUACCAUAAUGGAUUCGGACAAGGUGCUGGUAAUGGAAUCAGGAACAAUGAUGGAGUUUGAUCAUCCUUAUGUGUUACUGCAAAACCCUAAAAGUAUAUUUUAUAACAUGGUGGCAGAGAGUGGAAAAGCUUUAAGUGAACAGCUUAAAAAAGUUGCUAAAGAUAGUUAUCAACGACAAUCAAGUUUACCUGAGUAAAACAGUUUCCAGUGUGGUUAACAGUUUAAAAUCAAAAGUAAAUGCCAAUAAUUAGUACUUAAUUUUUUAGAUAGGCAUUUUUAUAGUAGGUACCUGGAACUUGAAAAAGCUUAUAAUACUAUAAACAUCUGUGAUCUAAAUACUUAUUUUAGAUAAAUAUUUCAUGUAUAUAAUAACAGAUUAUAUAUAUAGUUACAGGACUUAUAUAGACUGAUCCCUAGUUAGGAGGAUCAUCUUAUUCGGUACUAAAUUACACGGACUAUUAGAUUUAGAAUACAUAAUGUGCAUUAUAAAACAUAAGGUGCUAUAAAAAAUAAAUUUGUUAUUUUUGUAAUUUCUUAUAUAAAGGUUUAACUUACUCAUAAAAAAAUUAAAGGUGCCAAUAUACAAAUUUCAAUAAAUAAUUAAUUGUUACUUUUUACAAAGUUUUUUUUUUCUGCAAAUAGACUGUAACUUGGUGCUCACAAUUAAAAUAUAUUUUUAGUAACUAGUUGUAACAAAUAUAUUUUACUAAAAUUGUUCCCAAUUAAUUUUAAGAAAAUAUGCAAUUGUUCUAAAAUAAUAAUAAAAGCUAAAAUUUA